CUCAUCUGAUUUCUUUUAUCCAAAGAGUCUGGUUCUGCGCAGACCACGCUCUACAGAGCUGUUCUCACCGCCUUGCAUAAUGAACUCAAUCAAAAAACUAAGGCAGCCUACAAGGACAUCAUCUGAAAGUAUUUAUUCCAGACCGGGUUCCAGUAUUCCUGGCUCACCAGGCCAUACUAUCUAUGCAAAAGUAGACAAUGAAAUCCUUGAUUACAAGGAUUUAGCAGCUAUUCCCAAAGUCAAGGCCAUUUAUGACAUUGAACGUCCAGACCUAAUUACUUAUGAGCCAUUCUACACUUCCGCCUACGAGGAGAGACAGGAGAGACAGAGUCUUGGAGAGGUAAUGAAUUCAUGAGCGACCCAUUCUGUUAUACGCUAU